GGGCUCGGGACAUCCGAAAAAAGGAGAUACUGAUAAUAACUAAGUAGGGGCUUCAGUUAAGUACUUAAGUGUUCUUCCCAAUUUCAAGAAAAAAAAGUGUUCUUGCCACUCUCGCUCUGCUCGGACGCGCGCCGCCAUGGACAGUUCCUCCCUGCUCUUCCCUCGCUUCCAAUCUCGUCGCGUUAGCCACCUUCCAAUUCCACCAACGCGAGAAAUCUCAUUUUUCCAGACACAGAGUUCCAGUUCUCUAGUUUCGAUGCGAAUUACCCAGCGCCAUCUCUUCCCCAGUUCUCCAGCCUCGUCAGAGUAGCCGAUGGAGAUAGAUCUGAACCGGGACGCCCGCGACGGCGACGCGGAGAGGGUCGCCGCCCCGCAGAGUAACCGCGCCGUCCGAGUGGAGGUCGUCGCCCAGGAGGGCAACGGCGAUGGUGGCAUGGUGGCCGCUGCGGAGGGCGUCGGCGCUGCCCCGGAGACGGUCGGCGUCGGCGCCGAGGAGGGCGUCGCCCCGGAGAAGAACGGCGUCGGCUCCGGUGGCGAGAAGGGGGUCGCCUCGGAGGGGAGCGGCGCCGGCGCCGAGGUGGGCGCUGCCGUGGAGACGAACGGCGUCGCAGGUGACGUCUGGAUCUGCCACCAGUGCCGUCAGAGAAAAACAGGGCUCACGGCAGCUUGCAGAGGAUCCAAGAAGAAUGGCAAAUGCACUCUCAGAUACUGCAAGAAUUGCAUACGUAACAGGUACCCUUUGAUUGCGGAUGAGGUGUUGAAGGAGGAAGCCUGGGAAUGCCCCAAGUGCAGGAAUGACUGCAACUGCAGCAAGUGCAAAAAGAGGAGAGGGGAGGAGCCGGCAGGGCCAAUGGUCCAUUCUGUCAAGAGACCGAAGGGCAAGUGCAAAAAGAGGAGAGGGGAGGAGCCGGCAGGGCCAACGGUCCAUUCUGUCAAGAGACCGAAGGGCAACCUGCGGAGAAUUGAGAGCACCGAUGCUCUCAAGGAUGAAAUAGUCAUACCCAAGGGAACACUUGUGACUUGCGUUGCUGGUGUAGAGAUGCAGCCUGAAGAUGUUGGUGCUGCCAUUCAAUUUUUGGAGUUUUGUCGCUCAUUUGGCGAGAUCUUCCAAAUAAGGAAGGGCCAAUCAGAAAAAAUUGUCAAAGACAUAACUGGAGAUCGUCAACUCCGAGAGGUGUCUUCAGUUGUUGCUGAGCUUCACGCAAACCUGUUGUCUGUCAUGGAAAAUGGCAAUUACAAGCCUUUGAAAUAUCCAAAACAUGGCGAUACAUGGAUAAGAAAACUCAGCAAAUAUAUCACUGACUCGACAUUACACGCAAAAGAUUUCAUCCUUGACUGCUUAAGCCAUGGGCUAUCUGGAUAUAAAAAUUUGAGCCCUUCUCAUAAGCUGGAUGUGCUGAAUUCUCUGUGUGACGAGGCAUUAUCAUCUGAAAAGUUGAGGACUAGGAUUGAAGCUAGAGAGGGUGUGGCCAGACAAAAGAUCCGUGCUGCAACCGAGAAGGAAAAGGAGCUAAAAGAAAGACAGAAUGACAUGGCUAAAACAAUGGGAGGAGAAAUCGCUGGCAAUGAAGAAGCUAAUAAUAUCUUUUGUCAAAUAAAAGAGGCAAAAGAAGUCAAGCAGGCAGCCAUGAAUGAAUUAGAGGAACGGGGAUGUGUCCUCAGGUCCACGCCUGUCAUGGUAGACAAAGGAGUAGCAUACUGGAAGCUGGAUGGCUAUUGUGAUAACAAUACAAACAUAUUGCGCCAAGAAUUUGACAAAGAAGCUACAAUGAAGAACCAAGACAAGUGGUUCAUGUUCAGUGAAGAUGAACAGAAAGUAGUUGAAAAUCAUGUAACUACAAGGCCUUUAGGGACAUUUUGGGUUGGGGGUAUUCCACCAUCCCAUGUGGGAACUAACAGAUGAGGUAAUUUUGAUUGGCGAUAUGAUUAUUUUAUAGAAAGGUUACUGAUUUACUUUGAAAGGAUUCACCAAAUAUGCUUAGGUGACAAAUUUACUACCUGCGGUUUUGGGAUGCUUGAAUUAUGAAGUCUGGAGCUCCUAAACAGAUUGUUGAUUCCUUACUUUCAUGGAUUUAUGGUCUUCUGUUUCAUUUUGGAAAUCUAUAGCCUGAGGCUUAGUUCUGUACAUUUGGUCUCAAGAUAUAAAUAUCUUUGUAUAUGUGCUGUAAAGCCACGCUCAGUUGCUCA